UGUGCCCACUAUUCUCAAAAUUCUUGAUUUAUUUCACUUUUCUGUGUAAUCCAAUCCAAAUAUUCGAUGUCAACCAACAUAGAUGAUGAGUUAGUUGUAGAACCUUCUGCAGAAAGUAGAAAAGAAAGUGUAAAUGAAGGGAAACCGAUGGAAACUCCCAUGGAAGCUACUGCAUCUGAUGCAGCAACCUCAUCAGCUCCUCCCGUGGAGGAGACUGAUGAAAUGCGACUGGAAAAGAUGAUUAAAUUCAUGGAAGGUGAUGCCCACAUGGCAAAGAUAAAACAUGAAUACAUAAACAUCCACUACAAGGCAAGACUUGAUACUAAAUACCUCCCCGAGUCCGUCAAAAAAGAGCUGCAGCAACAAGAGGCUGGAGCAGAUGGUCAGCCUCCGAAAAAGAAAGCCAAAUUUACUGGGCGGAACAAGAAGCGUCCGCAUAAUAAGUUCAAUGACCGCAAGAUCUGUUCUUUUGUUGCUGCCGGGAGGGAGUGCCCAUUUGGAGACAAGUGUCGAUUUCCUCACGAUGUUGAAAAGUACAUGGCGGACAAGCCUCCUGACAUACGCCCAACAUGCUACGUGUUCGAAAAAUUAGGAAAAUGUCCACAAGGAUUACAGUGCAGAUUUGCGGGGCAACAUUUGACGGAAGAUUUCAAGAAUAUUGUCGAUGACGAAAAAGUUAAGGAAAGUAAAUCACAGACUGUAAACAUUCUACCGAAAGAUCUCCAGUAUCACUUGCGGCGACGAGAAAUUUUCUUCCCGAACGCCGACAAGUAUCUCGAAAGCAUCGGGAUCAAACCUAAUCGAGCGUACAGGUCGAAGGAGGGGAAACCUAAUCAAAAGACAAGUGCUGCCACGGAUGGUGAAACUUUGAAACAAAAUCCUACUGUGUCAAAUAACGACACUGAUGAGAACGGUAUGAAUCCUUCCAGUGGUGUUGUCGAUCCAAAAUUGACGUCUGCUGAAAGUUUGGAAAAACAGGAUGUCGUGCCACCUGGUGGUGACUUGGAAAAACAAGUCGAAGCUUCGUCAGUUGGUGACGACGUUGAGAAAGCUACAGGUGUGGUAGUCCGAGCGAAUUCUGUUGCUGUUGACAACAUUGACUCUCAUUUGAAUGACGGGAAAUCAGCAGGAUGUUUGACGGAUGAAGAUGUCAUCAAGAUCAAACCUGGCGAGAAAAAGACGAUUGAUUUCAGGGAUAAACUUUACCUUGCUCCUUUAACCACAGUUGGUAACCUGCCUUUCCGACGCAUCUGUAAGAACUAUGGAGUUGACAUUACUUGUGGAGAGAUGGCGCUAUCAACCAAUAUCCUUCAGGGUCAGCAGUCGGAGUGGGCACUUCUCAAGCGGCAUUCAUCUGAAGAUUUAUUUGGCGUUCAGCUCUGCGGUGGCCACGCCGACACCAUGACGCGGUGCGCCGAGCUCUUGAACCGAACCCUCGAUUUAGACUUCAUCGACGUCAACGUCGGAUGCCCAAUCGAUUUAAUCUUCAAGAAAGGCGAGGGUAGCGCGCUGAUGGGCCGGAUGACCAAGUUUGAGCAGAUCGUACGAGGGAUGACAUCGGUGCUAGACAUUCCCCUCACAGUCAAGAUCAGGACUGGCAUUUAUGACAACAAAUCUAUCGCUCACACUGUUGUUCCGAAGUUACGCGAUUGGGGAGCCUCACUUGUGACACUACAUGGUCGAAGUCGAGAGCAGCGAUACACCAAGCCAGCCGAUUGGGAUUAUAUCGCCGAAUGCGCGGAGUUGGCCAGGCCUAUGCCAUUCUUUGGAAACGGUGAUAUCCUCUCGUAUGAGGAAUACCACGCCAAAAAACAAUCAACUGGAGUCGCCGGAAUCAUGAUAGCAAGAGGUGCUCUGAUCAAACCGUGGAUAUUCACCGAAAUCAAGGAGAAGAGAAUCUGGGAUAUUUCCUCCUCUGAACGAUUCGACAUGUUGAAAGAUUUCUCAAACUAUGGUCUUGAGCACUGGGGCUCUGAUACACAGGGUGUCGAGACUGUUAGGCGGUUUCUACUGGAGUGGCUGUCAUUCCUUCACAGGUACAUCCCUGUUGGCGUGUUGGAGCAAGUUCCGCAGAAGAUCAACCACCGUCCGCCGCGCUACCUCGGCAGGAAUGACCUUGAGACGCUCAUGGCCAGCGAGAACUGUGGCGAUUGGGUCAAAAUCAGUGAGAUGUUGCUGGGACCGGUGCAUGACGAUUUCACCUUCCUGCCGAAGCACAAGGCAAACUCAUAUAGAUAGUAAUACUUACUAACGAGAUGGUAUUUCUAGUAGGACUAUCUGGUGCAAUUAUUACCAGUGGAAAGUGACUGUCUUCAUCGUAGAGAACUCUAAAUGGAAGACACACGAAUAACUGGUACAAGUUGCUCCAAAAUGACAUUCAGAACUUACAUGGAACAAUUUCACCUAAUUGUAUUUUUGUACAUCCAAGAUGGAGGGAUCUAUUCAUUUAAGAUAUAUCUUUUUACUUGUGAAUGCUACUUGAGGCUCUGUCCCGGGUUUUUCAAUACAAGUUUUGUCACUAACACUGGUGUUAACUUGACUUGGUGUUAAGUCUUAGGGCUUAACUGAAGAAGAUAACACCACGUUAAGUUAACAUUGGCAUCAGUGACAACAUUUGUAUCGAAUGACCUUGGCCAGAAGCGAACUGAUGCACAGACUUUAUGGUGAAAUAUAUUUGUGAUGUAUUCAGGACUAAUGCAUUUCAAAUAAA